UCAUAGCAGUCGGCUCCAUAGGUAAGGGCAGCUGUGAAUUUUGGGUUUCUCUACUAACAUCGGACAGGUGCAUUUGUUCUUAUCUGCUUCGUUGCUUGGAUCAUCUAUCGUACCGUGAAAAAAUCGAGACGAGGACAGGAAUUUAGUGGUGGAAAUGGCGGUUUCAUCAACAAACUCCCAUGGCGUAGGAAUCAGAGUAACGGUGAAUGGGACAGCAGAAGCAUGUACAGGACCAAUGACAUGCCACCACCAUUGUAUGAGAAAGGCAGCCAUAAUUCGAUGGACGGCGCAGGGUUUUAUGGUGCCGACAAGAAGAUGUACCAACAUGAGCGACCAGGGAGCUUGGCUCGUUCAAAUACUGCAAGUUCUCAAAGAAGUCUCCUACCACAGAUGGCUCCUGGACCCAUGGUCAUGAUCCCAGCAGAGCAGUAUAUGGCCAUGAGCCAAGCGCAGUCGCCCAUUGACCAGAGCGAGCAGAACAACACGCUUAGGUCACGAAUGCCGGAUCCUUUCUUUAACCAGUCCGAGUUGGCCCGCCAACCAUCGGAUGCUUAUGAUCCAAACCGGCGGCAGGUCAACAGGGCAAGUGAGCUGUCCUCCCUGUCAUCCGGCUUUGGAGACGGCGAGAUCGUUAUACCUGAGCAGUAUCUCAACAAGCCGCAGCCCGCAGCCACACAAUUACGGCAAUCCAGCAAUUUCAUUACCCGGUUCUCAUGGAUGAGCCGGCGAGAAGCAGGGAAUAGAGAAACUGUCUACACACAAUCCAGCGAGGAUCGGCCUGCCAGGUAUCGAUCGGUGGGAAGUUGGGUCAAUCAACAAACAGGCAGAGUGAAGAGAGCAGACGAGGGUCAGAAGGAGAUCCCGCCCGUCCCUGAGUUGCCGCCGAAUAUGGGUGGAGCAGAACCGACAAGGAGGUGACCGGCCUUGCCUGACCAUGUUCAAUAUUUGUCCUCCAAGGCCGUGCCACCUACUACCAUCUCCUAAUACAGCCACACGGCACCCAGUCCAGGGCGAUACGCAAGAGCUGUGACAUCAAGCAAUUCGCGUCCGACUUGAGAAUGUACAUACUGAUUUCCGUUCCCGUUGGUCCGUUAGUGGACCUUGCAAAGGCAGCGCUCAAGUCUUCUUUAUCUGGCAUAUAUAGCAUGGCAAGGCGUUCGAAUUGGAAAUAGGCUUCUCGUUGAAACCGUUGAUUAUUACAUAAUUUUCAAUCUCUUUGCAUAACUAGUCUAGCUCAAACGAAAAGCUCGACUCUCUUCCCUCUUAGCGGAGCUAC